AAAAAAAAAAAAAAAAAGCAGAAGAAAAUCCGAGAGAUGCUGCCGUCGCUUGGGAAAACAAACAGCUAUCCAGGCACUUAAAAAAGAGGGAAACAAGGAGCGGUGACCAGAUGCAGGCAUCUGGUGAAAGAAUGAAUGCUGGGGACUGCAAUGGAUGCUCUUAUGCAUCAGGCAAUGGUAGAGAGUCAACCACGGAGCAGGACUUUUACGGUCCAAACGGUCAGCAUUCCUCAACACCUUGCUCCUUUACUGAACACUCUAUCAAGGUGGAGCUGUGCAGCGAAGAUGGAUCACCACAGCCUGAGAACAGAGGGGCUGUCAGAGAUAGUAGCUGUGGGGAUGACAGAACAGAGCUAAAUGCAGAAGGGAGUGCAGAGCACACUGGGGUCGGACAAGGUAAUCUUUACAGUGAGAUGGCCACUUCCAAUCAUGCUUCCCCUGGACCCAUUCGGCUUGCCAGUGGCAAGCUCCAAUGUGAUGUGUGUGGGAUCAUCUGCAUUGGACCCAAUGUGCUGAUGGUGCACAAGCGAAGUCACACGGGUGAGAGACCUUUUCAGUGUAACCAGUGUGGAGCGUCCUUUACCCAAAAGGGCAACCUGUUACGCCACAUCAAGCUGCAUUCUGGAGAGAAACCUUUCAAAUGCCCCGUUUGCAACUACGCUUGCCGGCGGAGGGAUGCCCUGGCUGGACAUCUAAGAACACAUGCAGUUUCUUCACCGUUGGGGGGAAAACCUUUCAAGUGCAGCUACUGUAGUCGCAGCUACAAACAACAAAGCACAUUGGAUGAUCACCUAGAGCGCUGCCACAGUUUUCAAAAGAGCCAUGACCUGCAGGCUGCAGUCAACAUGCUGACAGAACAGCACGGUGGUGAGUCGCUAGAUAUCGAGCCUAUAGCCAAACCUGCACUGGAGCCGUCCAAUGAGAAACCACACUUUGUUGAUAGAUUAACUGCUAGCAUCACCAAACGAAAGAGGUCGACGCCACAGAAGUUUCUUGCUGACAAGUACAUCCAUCUUGACCUUCCUGAAGCACCUUAUGAUUUGUCCUCUGGUUCAGAGAGGGACGGGGAGCAUUUGACCCCCCAGCCAGCUAAUGAGUGCACUGGAUCGGGCAAGAAACAACUGCAAGACUCCAGGAGGAAACUGUCUCAAAUCCAUCCUGCCUUUUUGUCUGAGCUGCGCACCGUUAUGAGCUCCAUCCAAAGCAAUGUACCUCCUCCAGGAGCCUCGAGCGGACUCACAAUGGAGCCUCUGGUACUAUCGGGUCAAGAUACAGGUGAAGGGUGCGAUGGUCAGCCCUCAGCUCACAGCCACACCACCUCACCCAACGGAUGUCCAGACUCUACAGACACAGAGAGCACAGCUGAAGAGCACAACACAAGGGCUGCAGCACACACAAGUACCUCCAACAACAACCAGCACCUCCACUACCAAACCCUAGGACUGCCCCACAGCCUUCCCACCUCUAGCCCCAACCAGGCCAAAGAAAUGGACCCAGAGUGGGACAGGGCGUGCCCUGCACCCCUCACUCCAAUGAAAAGGAGUGCUGGCUCUCCAUUCCCCUCCAGGGAGACGGUGCAGGUUCUGCACAGGGACGGCCAGCGCCUACGCUCUUUCCACUGCCGCCACUGUCACAUCCUCUUCCUGGAUCACGUCAUGUUCACCAUUCACAUGGGCUGUCAUGGCUUCCACCAACCAUUUGAGUGCAACAUCUGUGGCCACCGCAGCCGGGACCGCUACGAGUUCUCCUCGCACAUCAGCAGAGGAGAGCACCAGGUGGCAUGAAGUGAGCAGGUAGGGGCGAGAUGAAUGGACGUGACUGUUUUACUCAGAACGUCGCAGGCUCAUGUUCUUUCUGCACCAGAUCCUAUUUUCAAUCUCCAGUGUAAAAAUUUUAAUUUGAGGUUUUAUUCUGGCGUUAUCUACUUCACUAGAGAGAGCAGAAUUUAAAAAUUAAUGAUAUACUACGAUUGAUUGCUAUCUCUUACUAAAUCAUCUGGCAAAAUGUGAUUUUGCUUAAAAAAGUGCCUUCUUGGAGGAUUUCCUCAAAAGUAAAAAAAAAAAAAAAAAAAAAAAAUGCUGAAAAAAAGUUGACUAGACAUCUUUU